AUGUGUGUAGUAGAAGCCACCCUCUUGUACCCAAAAGGUAAGUGUGGCUAGAAAGAUGUAAAUGUUUUGUCUGUUUGUGUGUCAGUGAGUAUAUGUCUGUAUAUUUGUAUGUGUUUCAGUGUCUGUAUCUGUUAGUGUGUCACUGUGUCUGUGUAUAUGUCUGUGUAUCUGCAUGUGUGACAGUGUGUGUGUCUGUGUAUCUGCAUGUCUUUCAGUGUGUAUUGGUGUAUCUGCACUUGUGUCAGUGCCUGUAUCUAUUUGUCUGUACAUCUGUUUUUGUAUCAGUGUGUAUAUUUGUGUGUGUGUAUCUGCAUGUGUGUCAAUGUGUGUGGCAAUGUAUUUGAUGUAUAUGUGCAUACAUCUCAGCAUUCAAACUUCAACACUAUACACAAAUACAUCUCUGUAUUCAAAUGUCAACACUACAGACAAACACACCUCUGUGCUAAAAACACACACAUUAAAAAAACAACACACACACAAACACACUCCUACAUUCACACACAUACUUACGAAAUACAAAAAUUUGCUGACAUUCAGACACACCAACACUACACAGUGCUAAAUACAAGCCUGCAAGGAUGGGCAAAUGGUGCAUCCCCAACUGGGAAAGCAUUGUGGGAGUUGUUUUUCUUUACAUUUUUUUUUGUGUAAAUUAAAUUUUCAAUAUUGUUUGUCAUUGAGAGUGUCAUCACGGUUUAAAUUGCAAUAAAGAGGUAGGACUCACAGGCCCAUUGCAUCUAAAUGAAUACCAGCCACACAUGGCUUUGAUAGGCAAGACAAACAGUUAUAGGAAACAAUCAAUUCCACAUAUCAUAAAUGUCAUAGAAGUGGCAAACCAGUGUAUAAUGCAAAAUAACGUAACCGAUGUUUGGGGUAUCGUGAGUAGUGUCAUGAUGUAUCCAAUGGAAUCUCGUGUCAGUGUACUAUGUGCGGGUAUUGAUGUAAUUAAGGUCAGCGGUGUGACUUCCAAUUCCAGCCUCCUUGCCAGAUUUGCGUCCUCAGGUAUGAUAGUCCGCCUUCUAGCCACCGAUAUUUUCCGCCUGGUUGGUUCCUGCGUGUGCCCUUGUUCCCGCCUCUGUCGCCGCCCUCUGUAGGUGAUGGUUCAAGCUUAAGCAAUGGGCCAGGGCAGAGGAGUAUCAGUCCCCAGCUUGAGUGGACCAGCGACCCAAGAUUCCCGUCUAAGUCUGGGUCAGAGCCGAAGUGUCACCCUCCCCAUUCCCUGUGUCAUCCCCCUGUCGGCUAUAUGUCAGCAUGCUUUGAAAAUCUGUGUGGUAGACUUCUGCUAGCCAAUGUGUCCAGAUGUCUAAGUACAUUUGUGAGCAGCCCUGUGCUGUGAACGUCAAGUCUUCAAGUCCACGUAGCUCCUCCAUUCUCUCAAACCAGAUCGUUAACAGAGGGGGUGUUUCUGUCUUCCAGUAUAGGGGCAAAAUAUGUUUUGCUGUGUGCAUUGCCAGCACCUGUCACUCAGGUCUGGGAUCAUUUCGUGCAAGAUUUGUGGUGUUCUAUACCAUAGGGUCAAAACUUUGUAUGCCAUCUCCUGGGUUUUACUUGCCAGUGCGCAGUGGUGUGUAAGGUCGCAUAUUUUUAUCCAUUAUUGUUUUGUGAAAGUGUCACCCGUCAUCGUUUUCCAUUUUCCCAUGUAAAGGAAAAUGUUUCUAUUGUGUAGGAGCAGAGUGUAUAGGUGGGAGAUGGCGUGUAAGAGUGGGUCUGGGGCAUUGUGGGAGUUGUAUAACAGAUGAGGAUCUUCCUUUUGGCCCACCUGUCGAUUGGAGGGCCCAAAAAAAAUUAUUGCACCAUGACUCCCUCUGUGCUAGUUCCGCCACUAGUGUAUAACGUCUGUCACUGAUCUUUGUUUAUAGCGUGUGGAUAGCUGAGGUGUAUGUGUAUAGUGUGGGUAACUGAGCUGUGUGUUUACCGUGUGGAUAGCUUAAGUGUGUGUGUUUAUAGUGUGGGUAGCUGAGCUGUAUGUGUACAGUGUGGUUAGCUAAGUUGUGUGUCCCUGUCAUUUCAGAAAAUCAGAAUCCAGUCCUCUUCCUCUUGCAGAUCGCUGUGUUCAGUCUGAGUGGAUGGGGCCAUGCACAGAUCACAGUGUUCAGUCUACGGGGGCAUGCACAUAUUAAGCUCCUCAGACUGAACACAGUGAUCCCAGAACAGUGUUGCCAAUGCUGCAGGUUUCCUGCCAACAUUGGCUAUUUUUGACCCAGCUGCGGGUCACGAGUUGCAGGUUUUGUGCGCCUUUGUAUUUUAUUGUGUGGGAAAACCGCGGUAUUUGCCAAUCCUAUAAUGUCCACUGCCACUUCCAUGUUCGGACCUCUGUGACAGCACUCCAGCCCUCUGCCUGGGACCUGGCUGGGUUCCAAUUCAACUGUGCUGAAAAAAUACUGGAGACUGAGAGAGCUUUAUCACCGAAGAAAGCCUUAAUAGCCUCCACUAUCUCUGUGUCAGCUACCUCAAACCCUGCCAAGUAAGAUAAUUCACCCAUCAGAGAUUAAGCACCUAAUAGCAGUUUCUCAUUGCUCCUUUGGCCUAGCAACAUAUGUUAAGAUCUCCAUAGGUGAGCCUUUCACACUGAGACACCAAGCACAUGUGGCAAAAUCCUUUUACUGGCACUACUGCUUUCAGCUAUAAUCCAGUGCCAAAACUUGCUAUAUUUAUGAAUGCUUCUUUCACAUUGUUUUGUGUAUUUUUUAUUUUCUUCUCUCUCUUUAAAUGUUUAAUGAACUGGCAUUGUGACUAUGCUGGCAUACUGUAUAUAUUACAAAACUUCUCUUUAAAUUAUUUUGAAAUUUGUUUAUCUUUUUUGUGUGUAAUGUUUAUAAACUACUUGCAUCAAGUCUAACCACAGAGGUGGAUACAGUAUAAAAACCUAUCUUUCUCAAGUCUUAACUUAAACACAACCUUGCAGAAAACCUCUCCUUUUACCUGCACUGUGUCCCCAGAGUCCGCCUCUCCCAUCGAUGGGCAGGUAUGCUGUUUAAUUACUGUAAAUGGACAAAUGUUUGCAUUGUGGUGCAUGUGUGGAACAUCUGCAUGGAUUGGGACACAUGCCCAAUAUGUUGAGGUGCCAGCUAGAGCCAGCAGAAACCAUGCAGGAGGCAUGGAGAUUUUAACAGGCAGGAGCCACCUACAGGACAUGCCUAUUGGGAAAUCUGAUUCAAAGCUAUAAUUCUAGCCAGGCGUAAAUGUUACUUGCUUGUGGAAGAUUACUCCUGCAACAUGACCUAUGGGUAUGGCGGCUGCAUGCACAGUCUUCCCGGCCCCAAAUUACUCUAAUGUCUAGCAUGUGUUUGCACUUUGAGACAUGCUCUACCUUGAGCAUUUGCAUGUGAAAGGACGCUGUAAUAUUUGAAAGCUUUACAACUAUGCAAAAGGCUAAGGAAAUCCAAAUAAAAUAAGACAGAAACACCCACCAUGUUGUAGUGGUUAUGGUGACAGGCAUGCAGUGGCACCCCCUAAAUGUAAAUACUCAAAACAUUUUUAGAAUAGCUUUACGUCUAACCAGGUGUGGCUACCUGCCUCCAAUGCAGCUUACCUGUGUGGGCAGGGCAUAGUUUAUUGGCUGAAAGUGAUCAGCUGAUGCUCUCAGCCAAUGAGCUAGCCCUGCACGGCUUUGCUCAGGAGAGCUAACUGAAACUUCAGAGUGGGGCUUCUGGCCCUACGUCGUCCGUAGUCUCGGUGGGGAGCAUAGUACAGCGGUCCCAGGUAAGAUGUGGGGGAGUGGCCCAACCACAAACUCCCAACAUUUCAUUUGGACAAAGAUCGACACUUUCAUUUUAGGGGAGUGAGUGGAGAUGUGGACAGAGGCCGGGGCUGUUCUGGGAAAGGUUGGGUGACUUACUAAUAACAAUUUAUGUAACUAAAAUGUAAUUUAGAACAAGUAUAAUGUAUCUAUUGUACACAGACUGAUUUCUAAAUGCAUUACUGUGAGUAUUAUUGCUCCGGAGCUCUGUUAUAGCACCAACAAUACUGGGCCCCAAGAAAAUAGGGACAUUACCAUAGAAAACAGAGACACAGGGGGUUGGGCCCAAAAUAGGGACAUUACCAUAGAAAACAGAGACACAGGGAGCUGGGCCCAAAAUAGGGACAUUACCAUAGAAAACAGAGACACAGGGAGCUGGGCCCAAAAUAGGGACAUUACCAUAGAAAACACAGACACAGGGUGCUGGGCCCAAAAUAGGGACAUUACCAUAGAAAACACAGACACAGGGGGUUGGGCCCAAAAUAGGGACAUUACCAUAGAAAACAGAGACACAGGGAGCUGGGCCCAAAAUAGGGACAUUACCAUAGAAAACACCGACACAGGGAGCUGGGCCCAAAAUAGGGACAUUACCAUAGAAAACACCGACACAGGGAGCUGGGCCCAAAAUAGGGACAUUACCAUAGAAAACAGAGACACAGGGGGCUGGGCCCAAAAUAGGGACAUUACCAUAGAAAACAGAGACACAGGGAGCUGGGCCCAAAAUAGGGACAUUACCAUAGAAAACAGAGACACAGGGAGCUGGGCCCAAAAUAGGGACAUUACCAUAGAAAACACAGACACAGGGUGCUGGGCCCAAAAUAGGGACAUUACCAUAGAAAACACAGACACAGGGAGCUGGGCCCAAAAUAGGGACAUUACCAUAGAAAACACAGACACAGGGGGCUGGGCCCAAAAUAGGGACAUUACCAUAGAAAACACCGACACAGGGAGCUGGGCCCAAAAUAGGGGGAGCUGGGCCCAAAAUAGGGAAAACACCGACACAGGGAGCUGGGCCCAAAAUAGGGACAUUACCAUAGAAAACACCGACACAGGGAGCUGGGCCCAAAAUAGGGACAUUACCAUAGAAAACACCGACACAGGGAGCUGGGCCCAAAAUAGGGACAUUACCAUAGAAAACACAGACACAGGGAGCUGGGCCCAAAAUAGGGACAUUACCAUAGAAAACACCGACACAGGGAGCUGGGCCCAAAAUAGGGACAUUACCAUAGAAAACACCGACACAGGGAGCUGGGCCCAAAAUAGGGACAUUACCAUAGAAAACAGAGACACAGGGAGCUGGGCCCAAAAUAGGGACAUUACCAUAGAAAACACAGACACAGGGAGCUGGGCCCAAAAUAGGGACAUUACCAUAGAAAACACAGACACAGGGAGCUGGGCCCAAAAUAGGUAGUGUCCCUCUAAACAGGGCCACGUGGAGCUACAACUGGCUGGUUAGUGGUUAUGGUGUUUGGAGUAUUCCUUGAACAUUGUGAAUUAGCUAUUUAUAUAUUAUAUUAUUUUAUUGUUAAAGAUACAAUGUGAGAUAGCCAACUGAACACUUAAUAAUAAUACUACUAAUAAUAAUAAUACUAAUAAUAAUACUACUAAUAAUAAUAAUACUAAUAAUAAUAAUUCACUUUUUUGUAAUUUGGCCAUUUUGAAAUUGGACUUUUAACUCCAGGCAAUUCCCCCUUUUUACUGAGUAACUCUCACUCUCAGAAUAUCCUAAACUGGCUAUAAUUCGGUUUUCACAUUUUGGCACUUUUAGUGAAUAGGAUGGCGUCAAUGGUGACGUCAUACCGCGUGCCUGUCGGAUCGCUCGCCGUCACGUGACAAGCGACGCCAUUUGCCCUCACCCUCUCCUUGGGGAAAUUCUACUUCCGGGUUUCCCGGCCGCCGUCACGUGACUCCGCGCUCGCCCUCUUCCUGUGUACGGCGGCCGGUGAGGCGAUUUGCUGGAACCUGCGGAGCGCGAAGGGGGUCCAGGCUGUGAGUAUGGGCUAUGUCCAGCCGGUGUGUAUUGAUAACAGAGAAUACGGGGUGACAGUGCCUCCCAUGUAAUGAUAUGAAGGAAGCUGUCACUGUGUGCAUUACUGACAUUUACAUUAAUAACCCAUUAUAUAUAAUAUAGUAUAAGGUAUGGAUCCUGGUCACAGCUGGACUCCAUUGCCUCCUCUCCCCUCCUUCAUCAUCUCCAGAGUGUCAGCUUUCCUCUCAUUAAUGGUCCUUUCACAAUAUACUGGAAGGUAGCAUUGAUUUUAAUAUAAUCCCUGACAUUUCUCAUGUUUAUAACUUGAGAUAUAGCAAUACCUUCAAUAAUGUGGGAUUUAGAUCUGAACUGUAAUUUACAAUUAAAUAGGAUAAUCAAAGACUUUUAUAUACUUUACAUGGAGAACACAUGUAGAUGGAUCACCAUCAAUCCCUUUAUCAAUUUAUAUAUUGGAUAUAUAAACAGUGAUUUGAUGAUCCAUUUAAUUUUGUGUGAUAUAUAUAUAUAUAGAAGUAGAACUUGGCACUCACCCUUUACUAAGAAUAUCAGAUAAAUAUUGCCUGGGUGCAAACCUUGGCGUUAUGCAUACAAAAAAUAUGAAAAUAAGGUGCACUCACAGGUCUUCAAAUGUGCUUAUUUUUAUUUUACAUGCAAAUUUACAUGUGCAAAAAAAUCUACAAACAAAUCGACGUUUCGACCCCUAAAGGGUCUUUUUCAAGAAAAAGAACUUGAAAAAGACCCUUUAGGGGUCGAAACGUCGAUUUGUUUGUAAAUUUUUUUGCACAUGUAAAUUUGCAUGUAAAAUAAAAAUAAGCACAUUUGAAGACCUGUGAGUGCACCUUAUUUUCAUAAUAUAUAUAUAUAUAUAUAUAUAUAUAUAUAUAUAUAUAUAUAUAUAUAUAUAUAUAUAUAUGCGAAAAAGCAAUGAUCUGGCACUCUGCCUAAAGUCAAACUAAUAUAGAGUAAACCAUGGUGCUGCACAGCAUAAAAUAUAGCAAUGGAAUGAAGAGAGCACUCACUGGAUUUUCAAAACGGUGUUUUAGUGAUGAGAAGAACGCUUCUGUGUUGAAAUGUUGAUCGUUCUUCUCAUCACUAAAACAUCGUUUUGAAAAUCCAGUGAGUGCUCUCUUCAUUCCAUUGAGAUAUAUAUAUAUAUAUAUAUAUAUAUAUAUGGGAUCGACCGAUAUUGAUUUUUUUAGAGCCGAUACCGAUAAUCUGCGAACUUUCAGGCCGAUAUCUUGCCGAUAUUCUGUACAUUUACUAUUUUGAAUAAAUAAACUAAUUCGAAAGGUAAAUGCACAAAAUAUACAUGCCACAUGUAGUGGAUGAAGUGUGUUUAGACAGGGGAACUGUGUGUGUGUGUGUGUAGUGGAUGCAGAGUGUGUGUUUGUGUAGUGUGUAUAUAAUGAAUGCAGUGUGUUUUUGUGUGUGUAUGUAAUGCAGUGUGUGUGUUUGUGUAGUGUGUAUGUAAUGCAGUGUGUGUUUGUGUAGUGUGUAUGUAAUGCAGUGUGUAGUGUGUAUGUAAUGCAGUGUGUGUGUGUAUGUAAUGCAGUAUGUGUGCAGUGUGUGUUUGUGGUGUGUGUGUAGUGUGUCUGUCUGUGUAGUGUGUGUAUGUAAUGCAGUGUGUGUUUCUGUGUAGUGUGUAUGUAAUGCAGUGUGUGUGUAUGUAAUGCAGUGUGUGUUUGUGUAGUGAUGUAAUUUUUGUAAUUUUUUAUUUUAAUAUUUUUUUUAAUAUUUAAAUGGUUUUUUUUUUUGUUUAGUCCGCCCCCAGUGUGUGUUUGUGUAGUGUGUGUGUUUGUGUAGUGAUGUAAUUUGUGUAAUUUUUUAUUUUUUGUUUAGUCCCCCCUCCCUGCUUCUUACCAGGGAGGGGGAUAUAGUAUCCCCUGGUGGUCCAGUGGCUUGUUAAGUACAGUGGUGGCUCAGCAGCAGCAAGCGCUGACUUACCUUGCAAGCAGCUCCUACAGCUCCCUGUGUAAAUCUCGCGGCUCUUAGUGCCGCGCGGAGCGUUGCCAUGGUAACCCGUGGCAACGCUCUGCGGCCGCGGGUCUCGCGAGAUUUACACAGGGAGCUGCAUGCAAGGUAAGUCAGCGCUUGCUGCUGGCCCCCACAGGACCGCCGGGCUUGUAAUGGGCCCGGCGGUCCUGUUAUAUAUUAUCGGCAAUAUCGGUAUCUGAAUUGGCCGAUACCGAUAUUGCCGAAAAUACCAAAUAUCGGCCGAUAAUAUCGGCCAGACCGAUAAUCGGUCGAUCCCUAAUAUAUAUAUAUAUAUAUAUAUAUAUAUAUAUAUAUAUAUAUAUAUAUAUAUAUAUAUAUAUAUAUAUAUACACACACACACACAUUAAAUAUUUGUUUAGGUGUUGAAUAGAGGUAUUGCCAAUUUUAGAUUAUUUGCUGCAGAUAAUUCAGUGUCUGCUGAUCUACUGAUGUGAUGGCUAUCUUUGGUACCCCAUAUGAGAAUUAGUUGAGUUAUCACGUGAUGAUGCUGGUUGAGCAUCAUGGAUGGUGUAGUUUACAGUGUUUGGAUUGUCAUUGUUGGCCAUCACUUGCUACUGUAACCAGUUGUCUGUGACAGCAGGACAUCUAACAGGACUAUGUUGGCACUUUACAAAUCAAAUAAAAUUGUCUCUCACUGUGUCAUUUUAAUAAUGUAAUACUGCAGUGUCAGUUUGGGAAGCCAUAUACUGGUAGGAAUAAUUGUAGUAGUAAGGCUGGUUUGUACAGGAAUGCUGAUUGAUUAAACCAGCUCCACUAAUUGUGGGAUGGUGAUUGACGUUGCUGUGAGCCGCGAACCAACCAAUGUUUUACUAUCAGAAGAAAACAAAGUACUGUGUACAAAACAUAUGUAGCACGGAGUUUGUGGUGUUUUUGUAUUUUAUUGUAAAAUAUAUUAUCUGUUAUCUAGAAAGUUGUUCAGUAGGGCACAUCAUGCAGGAGUUUACUUUUUUUGUUGCUUUAAUGCACUGUGUUAAUCAGAUCUAUGAGGUUUUGUGAAUAUUUGCUACUUUUCAAUAGGUAAUUUCAGUUUUAUAAGAUGUUUUGUGACGUUUUAUAAAAAAUACCUUUUACUUUUUCCGAGUUGCUUCAGACUAGCAGAUCAUCAGCUUUUCCAUUUAGGGAGCCAGAAUAACGCAAUUAUUUUCUAUAGUAAUAAAUUCCUCUGCACUAUGAAAGUCCGUAUAUUACAGAUCUGGAGUACUGUGAUACAUAAAGCCCUGUACGCAAACCAAUUCUGUAAACUAAAUUCCUGCCACAGAUCAGUGGCCGCAUUCUACUUAUUUAUAGCAGCUACCUGUACAUCAAUAUCAAACAAAAUACCACAUUUUCCUAGUCUUGACAGAGAUGUUUCCAAUGAUUUCAGCAAAUCAAAGGCGGCACAGGCACUCAGUGAAGUGAAUUUAACAGCAUUUUAAUGUCAUAUCUGCAGCAUAUUUCACCACUGUCAUUUCGCACAAUAAUUGUGGCCCAGCAAAGAAUUCAAACAAGAUUAAUACACAAUUAAUGAGAUGAACAGCUGAAGAAAAUAAAAACUACAUUAGUGUCAUAUUACAUUCAUCUUCAAAGCCCUAAACGAGACUCCUGCUUUUUUGGAGACAGUCUCUUCACAGAGCACUAACCUCAUAUCUCUGGUUGACAGAGAGCAGGCAAACUGCGCCUAGGUUAACUAUUUAAAGGAAUCCAGACAACAGUAGCAAUGCUUUUAUGUUAAAUGGACCACUGUAAGUAUUUAGUCCAGGGCUCGACAAAUCCCUGGCGCCAGGUCGCUAUGGAAUUUUGUCUUGUAUGUUUGUCAGCCUGUUCAGCCCCUGGGUUGGCCAGCUGAGGGAGAGCAGUGGCAGGUAGAGAUAGGACAGAGGUGGUGCAAGAGCUGUUAUCGUCUUGCUCUGCUCCAUCGCGCACCCUGCUGUGAUUUCCAGGAGCCUGAAUAUGACAUCACUCCGGCCCUUGCAUCAUUACAUCACAGCAUGCGAGAGAGCAGAGCGAGAAAAGCAGGAAGAUCAGAGCAGCUCCACUGGACCCCAUUGGAGACUCAUAUUUAAUAUAAAAAAAAAGAAAAGCCAGUUUUGUGAGUUUUGCACUAUCGGUGUAUAUCUGUCAGGGAGUCUAUAUCGGUCUGGGAGUGUAUGUGGGUGUCUGUCUGUCAGUGAGUGAGUCUACCACAUGGGAAAGUUGUUUUUACUCAUCUUUUUUCCCUCGCCGGUCUCACAGUGGCUAGCCCCUCCUACAUAGCUGAGGCAAUUGUGCAUGUGCAGCAAAACACCACACUGCACCAAUCAGCAUGUCCCGAUAAAGAUGCAUUGAAUCAAUGCAUCUCUAUGGGGAACAUUCAACGCAUUCAUGCAGAGCGUGGGAAGACUGAAGGUAGGUGCUGUACACUGUGCAGCACUGGAAGGAAUCACCAUUGUACAAUGUUUGUACAAUGCUCCUUUGCACAUCUAAUCAUUUUACAUACCUUGUGCCUCCUUGCCCUGCUCUCUGCUGAUGGAUAUCUAGUACUUCUCUGAGGAAAGGGGAGGAUCAGCUUAGCUGCAGAAGUCAGAUCUGCAGCUAAUGUAAAGCAAGUCCAAACAGGAUACUAAGGAAAAUGGAUGUACCAUACCACUGCUGUUUCAGGGUUGUGUUUCCUACACUGUGCAUGACAGUGUUUCUGACAGUGAAUUUUUUAAUUUAGCUAUUAUAUAAUCAUGUGUAUGUGUUCCGUUAGAGUUGUACAGUACAAUACAUAGUCCUUAUAAUAUGAUUUUUAAACCAGUAUUUGUGGCUUUUUUGAAGAAUUAAUUAAUUAUCUUUGUGCAUAGACCCCACAAAAAUAAACAAAUUAAGUUAUAUGGAAAUUAUAUUUUUGUAAGUUUAAUUUCAAUACAUUUCUAUAUGUAUCUGCUCAUAUUGUGCACUGAUUAUCCUAAUCAGCAAUUUGAUCUAGACUGCCUAAUACUGACUAUCUGUUUUCUACAUUUGCAGGAUGAGCAGGUCAGACUACCCAACCCCAGCAGCAGAAAUGGCCGAGAUGAAUCGCAUGCAAUAUGAGAUUGAAUACACUGAAGGAAUCAGUCAGAGGAUGAGGGUCCCCGAAAAGCUCAAAGUAGCUCCGAGCACCUCGGAAACUGGCUCCAGGGCUCACCCAGACAUAUCUGUACAUGGACACGCUAUGCAAGUUCCAGAGAGGAUUGUGGUGGCCGGUGAGAACAUAAUUUUUUCUUAUUCAUCUGUAUGUACAAAAUUCAAUCUUAAUAAGCCGUAGGUCAGCCAGUGAUUUAUUUAUUUUCAUGUAUGUGUAAGAAAACAUUAUUUUUUUUUUUCUGAUCAGCAAUGAAGGUUUUGCCAUUAUUGGUGCUUAUUAAUUGCUGAAUAACGAACAUUUACAUACUUUAUAGUUUUUCCAAAAUAUAUAUAAUACAUUUCUCUCUUUGUACUGCCAAUGUUGGCAUCAGUGCUCCAUGGUAAUUUAGUUUGUUUAAUGGCCUCCUAUGGUCCUUGUUUGUAUAGGUCAAAAUGAAGACUCAUCGUUUUCCAGGCCUUCAGACUUGGAUCUUAUCCAGACUACUCCUUUCGAGCUUUUGGCCCUAAAGACACCUCCACGAGUCCUGACUCUCAGUGAGAGGCCUUUGGACUUCCUGGACCUAGAAAGACCCACCCCAGCCACUCCACAACAAGAAGAGGUAAGUGUUUAAGAAAUGUGUGGCAUACUAAGGAAUAAUUAUUUUACCAGAAACCGCUCUGUGUUAUGGAACACAUUACUUUUUUAGUAUCUAAAGAAAGGGGGAUUUAUUAACAAAACUCAGAAUUAUAGCAGACUAAAAUUUGAAUGGCAAAUCUGUGUCCAAACUCUGACUAUUGCUGAGCUAGAAACAUUUUCCAGAUCAGAUUUUUCUUUGCCUAAAUUUUGCCUUUGAUACUUUCGUCCAAAGAUGAUUUUGGUUCCGGGGUGUAGCAAGCUUAAUUAACAACAACUUGCAUAUCAUGAAUAUUUAGAAUGUGCCAGAGUAUUCCACAUUGUAGUGUAAUGGUUAAACAGAAAAUAGAAACAAAUUUAGUACAAACAAGGUGACAAGAAGUCUGUUCAAACAAAUAUGAAAUGUAAAGGAAGUGUGCUAAAAUUGCACAAAACCUAAAGUGCUGUGUGAUUACUAGGUAUACACAUUAGUGUACUAGAGAUGGAGCAAGCAGUGAAAAGACAGUGGUAGAGUGCUACAGGGAGAGUAGGCACUUUAUAAGGUACUGUGAUUACUGAGAGAUUACAAUAAGUAUUUUACACUGUGGAUGGGCCAUAGCAGGGCUUAUUUCCAUUGGACAGCCUGGAGAAGUCCUGUAAUCAGGGUUUGAAAAGGGGGUGCACACAGAGGACAGGAGAAGGUCAUUGUCCAAGAAGAAGAUACUAAGAUGGAUUGUAAUUAAGAAGUACAAUGCAAAUAUCCUUUUUUGUUUUAAGGUGUUCAUCUGUGUUUUACUAAGGGAAACCUGCACCCUCUGUGAUAUUUUUAGCAUUUGUAUGGUAGGUUGUACAGAUCUCUAUGCAUUAAUGACAACCUUGCAUAAAUGUCUAAUGCAAACGUAUGUCCUUCUCUGUGUUGAGCGGCGUUGAUGUAAUGACUUAAAUGAUAUAAAUCCAUAGCUACGCAGUAUUGGGCGGUUGAAGAGAGAGAGAUCCGCAAGUGAGAACAUGGCACGUCAGAAUGGGCAGCUGGUCAGACAUGACUCAAUGUAAGUUCCAUGGGCACAACUAUGUGUAGCCUAAGUGUAUUACAAUUGGUGAAAAUACUACUGAUAUGCUAGUUUUGUUCAAUAGAAUUGUAUUUUACCGAAAUUCCAUUGAUAUAUUACAAAGUUUCUUCCUUGAACAAAUUGUUUUAAAAUUUGUUUUCGCCCUGGUGUCUGUCAAUGAAUGUGCAGCCAGUGUAGGUAGCACUGGGGUUCUUAAAGGAAAAGUAUAGCAUUAGGCAGCAGCUUUAUUAUUUAGAAAACAUAGGUGGAACUUGUGUUCAAUCUGGUUACUGCCUCAGCAACCCCACUACCAAUAACUUCACCCAGACAUUGAUAUCGUAUGUUCGGGUCUGAUUAGAGCUUUUAUGGAGUUUUUCCCCUGUCCUGAUACUUGUAUGGCCAAAAGGAAGCAUUAUUUGGACUGUAACAUCUCAGUGAUUGAAUGUCUAUUUAGCUACUUCUCCUCAAAACCCCAUCUUUGUCCUCAAAGCACCUGAAGCUGCCACCAAAGGGAAGUUGGUAUGUGACAUAUGUACAUCACAUUAGUACAAGGUUUACAUAAGGUGGACUGGGGAAAAGUAUGAGUCCAGUAUAAACUUUGAAGAAGGUUAUUUACUAAGGUGAGAACUGUCAAAAAUGCAAAUGACUUUAAAACGUGAGGCCAAAAUAGCUGAAUUGGAAAAUGUCUCCAAGCCAGCUAUGUGUUCAAUCUGGGUAUUUUGGACAGUUCUCAUUUUAGCAAAUAACUCUGUAUAGUGUCUGUAAAUGUAAUUAAUUUAUAUGUAAAAGUUGCCAAAUGUUUUCCAAUUCACUAACCUCAUAAUUAUAAAUUUUUCAAAUAAAAGCGAAAAAAUAAAUAUUCAUAAGUGUAUUGUAUUUUGAGGAAUUUCGUACAUUUUAGCAGAAAAAGUGAUGUUUAAAAUAUUUAAAUGAUUUGUGAGCCAACUUAACCGAAGAAACUGGAGAGAUGUGAACUAUUAUAUGAUCUUGCAGGCUUUAGUGGCAUUGAAUGGGCUAACGUGAACCUAAUUAAAUGCUAUUUGCAGGAGUAAUUUAUAUUUUGGUGGUCACUACUCAUUAACUGUGCUCCAAGCAUAGGGGUCUUCCUCUUAGCAACUUUAUUAUUUAAAUGUAUUUCAUUUUGGUUAAUGUUAGUACAGAGUGAAUUGUGCCUAUACCUCUAUAUCUUGUUUAAAGUGUCUAUAUUGCAGAAAGGGUUACCCCAACCAAAAAACACUGAUUUCAUAAAAUACUGUUUUUGUUUAGAGUAACCCUAACUGGCAUGCCCCCCCCAAGUAAAAAAAAAAAAAAAAAAAUGUUUGAGGGAAAACAUACCUACGUUACUGCUCUGAGGCCAAGUUCUCCCUGCAAUCCGAUCUGCCGCUGGUGAUGUCUUUUCCACUUACUGCAGGUUGGACAGAGUGGAAACAUCGGUGGCAUGUAAGGGGGGGGGCGGGUGGCAUGUUGCCAUUAGUUGUCUGUUGUCAUCAUGCAGUGCAUGCAGACAACAGAAGCUAAAGGAUGUUUUAAUAAUCUGUAAAAUAGUCUUGUUCGAGCAUUCUACCUGCAAAUUGAUUUUAAAUGGUAAAUACAUUUAACAUUUUGGCUAUGAUUUAUAAUUGCAUUGUUAUGAAUGUGUUUAUUGCUUAGUGCAUCCAUAUAGUUAAUCUACAAAAAUCAUCUUAAUGUUACCAUAUUGUUGUUAAACUCAUGUUGCUCCAUAUAGACUUUUUCACAAACCUUUUCAAAUUUAGCUGCAUUCUUCAUAAAACCUGUAACUCUUCAUAUUGCUUUAUAUAACACCUCUCUCUUUAACUCAUUCCUAUUACUUUAUAUAACCUCUCCUUAUAACUUCUAUUACUCUAAAUACCCUCUCAUUAUAACUCCUCCUAUUACUCUAUAUACCCUCUCAUUAUAACUUCGCUAUUACUCUAUAUAACCUCUCAUUAGAACUCCUCCUAUUACGCUAUAUAACCUCUCAUAAGAACUCCUCCUAUUACGCUAUAUAACCUCUCAUUAGAACUCCUCCUAUUACUCUAUAUAACCUCUCAUUAGAACUCCUCCUAUUACUCUAUAUACCCUCUCAUUAUAACUCCUCAUAUUAUUCUAUAUAUCCUCUCAUUAUAACUCCACCUAUUACUCUAUAUACCCUCUCAUUACUCCACCUAUUACUCUAUAUACCCUCUCAUUACUCCUCCUAUUACUCUAUAUAACUUCUCCUAUAACUCCUCCUAUUACUCUAUAUACCCUCUCAUUAUAACUCCUGUUACUUUAUAGAACCUCUGCCUAUAACUCCUCAUAUUACUUUAUAUAACCUCUCUCUAUAACUCAUCAUAUUACUCUAUAUACCCUCUCAUUAUAACUCCUAUUACUCUAUAUACCCUCUCCCCAUUACGCCGUAUAACCUCUCCCUAUAACUCCUCCUAUUACUCCUUAUAACCUCUCCCUAUAACUCCUCCUAUUACUCCUUAUAACCUCUCUCUAUAACUCCUCCUAUUACUCCUUACACCAUCUCAUUAGAACUCCUCCUAUUGCUCUAGAUAAUCUCUUUAUAACUACUAAUUAUGCUACUAUUUUUUUCUUAUUAGCCCCAUUCUUUCUCCAUGUUUACUAUCCUUCUAUAUAAAAAAAAAAAUCACAAUAAUAACAGGAAUUUGAAUCCCAUCUGCGUUCUGAUUGGAUGAUUAGUCUUUUCAUCCAAUCUGGCUUUCCCUAUAAACAUGGAAAAUAAAUCCUGUAUAUCAAAGUGGCUCUGAGUUGAAGCUCCAUCAAUCUACCUUUACCCUGUGGGGAUGAAUGGUUGCUAGUGUCGGUGCUUUUGGUACAUUUUGGGUGCAGUGUAGAGGAAUUGUCCUAUUUGGACAGUUUGAGCCAACUGGCAUCCAAUAUUGGUUAUAUAUACCCCAGCACUACCUCCCACCCCAUUUUUCCUAUUGUUCUGGUUACUGUUGUAAUGUUUUAUCCCAAGAACUAAUAAAGGUAGGGACUCCUUUUCCCUCUCUAUUGAUGGAGCUUCUACUUAGCACCCCUUUGAUUUAAGGGAUUCCUUUUCCAAGUUUGUACCUAGUUUAAGGGUUACCCCCUUCUUUGAAGCUCGGCUUGAGGUCUUUUAAGGUCAAGUCAUGAGCCCUUGAUAUUUAUUGGGACUCUUGACUUGUCUUUUUUAACCAUUUUCUUGAUUUUGGCUUUCCCUUUAGCUCAUUUGCUUUCUCUAAAUACGGGAACUAAUUUCUGCAGUAAAAUUCAUAACAUGAGCCAACAUAUGAUCUUAUCCCAGAGUGCAAUGGGUAAAAGAUUUCUAUUUAAUCUUUGCUUUUCCAUGGACACUUUGGGCACAGAACAUCAGUGAUCAAAGACCGGCUUCCCCUUUCCUACACAAAGGGAAGCUGUGAGAUUCUCUGCAUCACAUGCUUACUGCAGUUUUGUUAUGCAAUUCCUACAUAAUAACUUCCACAAUGUUAAACAUCAGAUCUAUGAGUAACUACCUACUGUUUACACUGACAGUGCUGUCAUAAAUCACGAAAAAACAAAACCACAAAAAAAGUCAAACAGAAUCCUAUUGUUUUCAUAUAUCCAUGCUGUACUACAUUUAGUUUUAUUACUGCGGUAUAUAAAAAUAUCUCUGCGGCAAUUAUAUAUUAAAAUUAAAGCUUUUUUUUUUUCCUAUUCAAAAUUUUUAAAUAACAAAUGUUCCCUAUCGGGUAAAGUAGAAUCUGUUUGUAAAAUGAUGUAUAACGGUGCAAACAUCAUAACUGAUGACCUAACUCCUUGAAAAUAUCAAUCUAAUAGUGUAAUCAUGCACAUUUUGUAAGUACAUAUAUCAAUGUAGACUAGGUAGUUGUAAAAAUAGUGUCCCGACUAAGUGGCUAGGGGUCCCCAAGUGACCCCCCAAUAACAAGAAAGGUUCAUAAAUCCUGCUGACGUAAUAAAAUAUAAAAGACCUGAUCGCGCAAAAAAACCCAAAACAGAUUAAUCCAUCUUUACCCAGCUUCCUAUAAAGCCGUCCCACAACCUGCAAUUUGACUCAGAGGGCUUUGAUUGGUUGGUUUAAGCCAACCAAUCAGAGUGCUCUGGCAGGUAAAUUUUGAGACUUGCCUGCAAACAAUAGGUAUCCCCUCUCCCCCCUCUUUUGUCACUGAAAGGUCCCUACCCGCCUCCCAUGAGUAAGGAUCUGGGUGGGAGACAAUAUGUCGUUUCCCCCCCCUCCUUGUCAUUUAAGGGCCCCCACCCGCCGCCCAUGGGUGGGGGCCAGAGGGAGGAAGCCAAUAACUUCCCCCUUUUUGGGCAGUUAAGGGCCCCCACACACAAGCGGCAGCAGGAGGCCUUAAGGCCCUAAGUGGUACUAGGUCUCCCAUUUAAUUUAAUAUCCCCCACUAUGUCUCUCCUGUUAAUUAUUUUAAUAGGUGGCCCACCAUGGGGCACUUUAUUUGAUUCGGAGGAGGAGGGUCUAAUAUUGUGGGAAUUAGGAGGCUAUCUACUAAGCGACUGCAAGAUUCAUUCGAAUGAAAUUCCGAACCAAAUGCAGAAAUUUCUGUGAAUUCGCUGGCACGCUGUCUAAAUGACAGGAAGUUCGAACUGAGAAUGAAGCAAACUGAGAAACGGAGGAAAGGGUGACUAUUGUAGGAAAAUAUCUUUGACCACAGGAAAUGGAGUGGACUUAAGCUCCUCCUUUGGCCAAAGAAGGUCAAGCGUAGGAAAAAUACAUAAGACAAAGUAGUUCCUACUUUGUCUUAUGUUUUAAAGAAAACUAGAUCAGAUAUGAAGAACCAAUUCUGAGGGAGCAAGAGAAGAGGAAGCGAUUGGGGAAAGGCAAGUUCGGCAUGACAGUGCUGCUUUAAUUGCAAUAUAAAAAUGAAUUCCAGCACUUGAUUUUGACAUAAUGCAUCAAAAACAUCAACAUAAACACACCUGACAUUGUGGAAACUAUUCUUGCAACUUAAGUGCCUGGAGUGUCCUGCUAAUUGCUAAACAUAGGCUUGUGGUCUACAAUGAAGGCAACACAUGUGUUCAAAACAUCUUCAUCAGAUGACCGCAGUGAUGUUCAUCAGAGUGUCUAAUAGUAACGUGUGCAUUAGUCUGUGCAUAUAAUUUUCUCUUCAUGAAAUCCAACUGCUGCCAAUUAGAAAUACUGGUCCCCUUGCUUUCUGCAUGACCCAAUCAUAUUCCUUUACGUGUCUUGGUUAGUGCAUGCUGUGAUUGUUGCUUCUCCCUUUCGUCAGUGUCGUCUAGUUAGAGCCUGCUGCAAAUGCGGAUCCUGGCCCAGCUUUCUUUAUUUUGGAAACCUCUUUCCACAUGUGAUCCUUCUUCUGUCUUACAAUUUUGCUGAUUACUUAAUCUUUCAAAUUUGUUAUUUCCUAAUAUCACUCAUGUACCUUUUACCUUUGUCUAGUUUUUGUUUUUCUUCGUAUUCCACCUCCCUGUGCCUAGUUAUCUAAAAUUUUCACUGCAUGUGUGUCUAUCUGACUUACACAGUCUGACCUCUUUGUUUCUUUCUGCUACUCUCCUCCGGUCAGCCCGACUCCACCUGUCCCCGCAGGCCGUCAGUGCCCUGCUCCCGUGCUCCCCGCAGAUGGAGCAGAUCUUUACUCUGCCCGUGGCAUUCUGUCGCUCAUCCAAACCUCCACCCGCAGGGCUUAUCAGCAGGUCCUCGAUGUGCUGGAUGAAAACCGCAGGUGAAUGUUUUCCCUGUUCCUUAUUUACCCCCCCUUAGCCCUUUCAUUGCCAACCCUGCAAUGCAUCCAAAUAUUUGUGCUCAAUCACAGAUUUUCAUGGAACCCAAGUUAUCCAGGCUUCUCCUGCUUAGAAGUGUGUGAUGUAGUGUAGUAGUAUGCACGUUCUGUCAGAUCACUGCUGGAGUUAAAUCAUUCUCAUGUCUUAUUACAUGAGUGCGUUCAGUCUCUGAGUCUUUAUCGUGUUUCACUUCCUUCUUGUUUGUGUUCCUUACUUUUCCUGUCCUUGUUUCUCCCACUUGUCUACCUUGGUUCCAGGCCGAUCUUGCGUGGAGGGUCCGCAGCCUCUGUCUCUGCUGCCCACCUUGAAAAUGCCAGGUAACUUCAUCCACUCCAUCUCCUGAACUUUUUACCUGUCCACUUCCUAACCGCUUUUAGUCACUGAUAAUUCCACGCAAGUAUUUCAUAUUUCAUUGCUGUCACUUUCACUACAAAAGGGCAAUUGCUUUGUUUUUAUAAAUUGAUUUAUAUAUGUUAUAUUUAAUUUUAUAAGAGGCAGAGGCUCGUACAUUAUAUUUGUCUGCCAUUUUCUAUAAGUUAAAUGAGAUAAAAAUGUACAUAGUAAAUACAUUAGUAUUUUUCAGAACGAAUGAAGUAUACAUAGUGCGGUGUUUUCAUUUUUAUGCUCGUGUGCCAUUUUCUUAUGAAUAAAACCAUCACUACCCCCCUUUUUGCAGCUUUUCUGUAGUGUCCAAAAACAAUGAAUCUUUUAGUCACAUUUUGUUUAUCCUUUGCAUAAUUUGCUUCUUUAUUUCUUGAUAAUUUCACCAUUGCUUACGUUCACAAAAUAAGAAAACAAAUGAGACACAUUCAAAAUGUAAAGCCUUUUUUAAUGCGAUAAAGAAAAGGGAUGAAUGUGAAACCUUAUUACCUGUUACAAAAAAACCAAAAAACUACCACUCUUACAGUGGUGGAAAAUUUUAUCAGAAGAACAAUUGUGCACGUUUGCACCUCCUUUUUUUUAUAUACAUGGGAAGCAACAUAUUUGUGAACCUAAAAUAGAACAUAAAAAAACGUGACAGGAAAGGCGCAGAGAGAAAAUUAAUGGCACAAAACACGAAUAUUGCAUGCUGGAACGCUCUUAAGAAAGUAGCAUAAUAAUCCGAUACACCACCUUCUUAUAUAGUGUAUAUAACCCACAUAGUAUUGUUCAUUCGCACGAGGUCAGCGGUAUGUGUAGCCAAAUUCACGGAACUAAAAUCGGCUACACAUUUAAACGAACACCGCUGACCUGUACCUUCUCCUACACUGAAUUUGCAGCUGCAGAGACUAAGUCCCAUUCGGCAAUUCGAACGCCCGUGGAAUGGGACUUAGUCAUUUUUCUUCAUAAAAUAGACCGACCGCACAGCCCAAAUCUAUGGAACUGUUUUGGGCAGGAAAAUGUGCUUGCGGUUGGUCAUAAAGGACUUCCGUCUAACUUUUUAUCCACUGGAUAGAUUUGUCUGAUUUUUGGUUAUGUUUAUAUUUAAAGUGUGCUGAUUAAUAAUAUGUAUCUUUAUGAAGAUAGGAUGUAUGGUUUUAAAGUUACAGUGUAUGUAUAAAAACUGUAUUUUUCCUGCUUGUGAUAAUUAUGUUAAGCAUUGUGUGCCAUAAUUAGAUCACAGGCAGAGGGGAGGAUUUUUGUGGGUAAUUGCUAGGAGUGUUUUCUGUAAUGUACAUAUGUUAUUGGUUAUUCUGUAAAACCCUGUGGGUGGUCCUAUGUAGGGAAAACCUGCAUAAAAGAAGGCCCUUUGGUGCCAAGUAAUACAGAUCUUCUUGACCCUCAAUACGUAGCCUUGUCUCAUUACUGGAGGGAACUGCUAUAUCACACUGGGGAUUGCUAUGCUCUGCAUACUCCCUUGAGCUUUUAAUCACUUAGCUCUUUUAAGAGCUGUUCCUGUUACGCUCUUCUGGAGGAGAGGUCUUCCCCACACGGUCCUGGAGGACAGAAGCUGAUCCAGGAUGGACGGAAGACGGCGAGGCUCCAAUUAAGCUACGGCGGUUGUGGAGUCUGCGGUGGUUGUGGUGUCCAGUGCGGUGCUUAUGGUCCGAGGCGCAAGCUAGGAAGCAUCCAUCAACUGAGGGUACUCGGUCGGAGUACGGGGAGCUCCGUUACAGCCUGGUUCGUGUGUGUCGUUUACCUGUGGAAGAGAUGGCAGCAGGAUGUAUUAUGGAAAGAAGACAGGCCAGCAGAGGCAGUGUUAUGCACUUGGAAAUGUUCUUCUUGGAAAGCUUAGGUCCUGGCUAUCAUGUACAUGUUAUUAUGUCACCUACCACCUACCUAGAGAUUGUUGCAGACCACAUACACCCUUUCAUGGCAAUGGUGUUCACUGAUUGCAGUUGCCUCUUUCAGCAGGAUAAUGCACCCUGCCACACUGCAGAAAUAGUUCGGGAAUGGUUUGAGGAACAUGAAAAGGAGUUCAAGGUUUUGCCUUGGUGUCCAAAUUCCUCAGCUCUCAGUAAGAUUGUGCAUCUGUGGAUGUGGUGAAACAACAAAUCUGAUUCAUGGAGACUCCAUCUUGCAACUUGCUGGAUUUAUAUGAACUGCUGCUAAUAUCUGUGUGCCAAAUACCACAGGGCACAUUCAGAGGUCUUGUGGUCUCGAUGCAUCAGAGUUGCUUUGGAAGCACGAAGUGGACCUACACUAUAUUAGGCAGGUUUCUUUAAUGUUGUGGCUGAUCAGUGUAUGUGUCUGCUUGCAAUCCUGUUGCUGUUAUGUUGUCCCAGCUCUAUUGCAUUUUAAUGUGCAUCAUAAGCUUGCACUGAGCAGCCAUCUUGGUUUUAUGUGAUACUGUAGGUGAUGCAGCUUAAGUGCCUAUGUUUUAAGUUAACAUAGCCUGAGCCCUUUUUAAUUAUGUAACUUGCGAUUUGUUGUAAAAACCUUUUUGCAAAUGUCAGGAAAAUAAAUUCUCUUCUUGAGUGGCAAGCUGAAAAAGAUUGGUGCAAAGAGAAAUUUGUAAAAUUAUAUGGUUUCUAUUCAAAGUAUUCCAUCUUGUUUUAUGUUUGCAGAAAAACAAAUAUAUUUUUAAUUGGUAAUCAAUAUCUAACGGACCAUUAAGAAUCUUCUACAGUGCUUAUAGCAGACAGUCAAUAUUUGAUGUUUUGAAAAGUUUUUUUAUCGUAAAUGGUAUGCAGAUGCUAGUACCAUGCAUCACAUCUGUGGUUUUUGCAGAUAAUUCUCAAAGAGAACAGAACGUGCAUAGAUCUGAAUCUUGUGUUACCACAAUAGAUGGGUGAAACUAUCGAAGUAAGCAUAUUUGGAGGCAAUUUAAAGGAACAUGACUAGAAUACCAACCAAAAUCCUUUGCAGUCCUCAGACCAUCAUUCCCAUUUAUCACCUUUGUGAUUCAUUCUCCAUGAAAUGUUUGGAGCACUAUUCAUGACACAUCACAAAUGAGGUCCUCAAUCUCUUGAAAUAAAAUUUGUCUGACCAUGUUUUGUAGAUCUGUCCUGAAGCAGAUGUAGAAAACAUCCUGUUGUUUGGGCAUGAGAGAGUUCUUGAAAGUUGUUGGAAUACUAAAUAUUUUUGCUAGUAAUAUAUAUUGUCACGAGCGUGGGCUAUUGGCCCAGUGGGGAGAGUGUGAAAGUGAAAGGGUUGCCUGUUGCUAGUUCUAGCAACCACUAAAUUAACCCCUGCAAUCCUUUCUACACUAACACCAUAGUACACACUUUACUGCCACCACCAAGACUAUAUAUCUGGGCGUCUUCGGUUACCCCCCACACAGUAGUAUUAUAGGAUCACAACCUUACUUUACCGAUCAGACCUAUAUAAUCAGCCCUUUUGGUAACAUGUUGACCUGAGCCUUCCUCAGGAGAGUGAGCUCAUAGAGAACAAUGACACGAGCUGAUUAAGUAAACAUUUAAUCUGACAAAAAGGAUUUACAGUGAUGGGUACAAAAAUACAGAAAUAAAUGACCUACAGAAACACAGAUAACAAAUUGCAAAACAGUCCAUAAAAUAAAAUAGUUGUUGAAAAAAGAAAUCCUUCUGCAUAAUUCAACAUUCUCAUUAUGUAUCUCAAACUAGCUGUUUCUUAGUGGGCAGACCCCUGGAUGGAUCAGAACUCCAUAUUUUCUUAAACUAUCUUGUCCUUUGAAGAACUCAAAGUCAGAGCAUAUGCACCAAUACCUUUUACGAUGCCCUAUGUCCAGCUUUGGUGAUGGUCAUCUAGUAGUUUUAUGGCUUAGUCCUGGUGUAAGAUCAAAGCCCACAAUAAAUGUUAUCCCAAGGUUUACAAAAACACAUAACAUAUAUCAAAUGCCAACUCAUGCUUUGGCAUGACAUAUGUCCUUGCAUCCUGAUGUAUUUUUGGGCAAUGGUGAGGGUUGAGUAACACUCUCUAUGGUUUAUUGACUGAACCAUGAGGAAAGUUAACAAAUAGAUUGUAAAAUGGCCAAGGUAGAAAAAAUACCAGCGUUUGAGACUUUUUCGCUAAUUUGUCAGUUUUCCACAUUUCCUGGUCUAGUGAAUGAACAUGUUAAAACAGUUCCCAUCACCUGUCCUCAUUACUUAAUGGGCUACAAAAUGCACUUCACAAAUUAAACUCCUCGUUCUAACAGAGGGUAAGGAAAGCUGUGGGAUUUUGUUCAGUUCAUCCUUUAUUUUUCUCUGUUAUCGUUUUAAAGAGCAGUAAAAAUAGAACCGUAACUCUUCAAGUGUAAUGAAUGUAGAUAUAACAUUAAGCUGUAUACACACGUUCAGUUCCAAGCAGGAAGGGACCAACUUUUCAAUAAAAGCAAUCAUAGGCCUAUUUCUAUGAUGGAACAAGGUCAAACUAGGAGACCACAUAUAUGAGUCUAUAGAGAGAGGCUAGGAAGGUCCAUCAAGCCACAGAGCUUGAAGCUAGAGCCUUGAUUAUAUGGGGGAUAAAUGGAGCAAUAUUUGCAACAUCCCACUGAUUGCCAGUCCUGGCUUAUGCUGAGGGUCCAGGGAUUUGUUGAGGUAGUCCUAGAGACGGCAGGUAUUGAGCGGUGUCAACAGUGCUUAUCCGGCCUCAACAGUAAGUGACCCAAUGUGCCUUUAGGCUGAUAGUAGCAUUUUGCAUAGACAUGCGCCAUAGAAAUGUCCUCAGUCCUAUUAGAAUAAUAACUGGGAGGAAACCCUAGACAUACAGACUCCAGGCACCAUGAACACUUCAAAUCAUGAUGCUUGGAGGAUCCCUUUAAUGAGGCCAAAACCUGUCAAAUACAGAGAGGUAUAAGCACUUGGCUGCCAGUAGUGCAACCCCACCUCUGGCAGCAUCAUUAGGCAGUACUGGACUGACUAAUGUUAAAUCUGUUAAAAUUGGGCAUCUGUCUCGUCCGCACUCAUAGCAUGCUGGCAACAGACGACCGAUGACGGCUGCCCAAGUCCUCCCCUCAGCCCCUAAAGUGAGGGAAAGUGACUUCCCCUUUGUCUAAAAUGGGUAGUCCAUGCCAGCAAUGAUCAAAAACAGUAUUUUAAUAAAAACACUGUUUCUGGUUAGAUUAUUCUUUGUAUUUAUUUAUUCAUUAAUUUUACAGAAAUGACUUGCUUAUCCCACGCCCCUUUUCUGACCGCCAUCUUGAUACACCCUGGGUCAGACUGUCCCUUGUUCCAGCCAGUUCUCACUAUUUUGCAGCUGUCCGUUUCUUUUCAAAUCGUCUGACAGAAAGUGAUCUCGGCUGAAAGAGCACGUUUUUUUGAAAAGCAACUGACGGUGCAGAACAGGACUGGCCGAAAUAGCCGACAGCCUGACACAAGGUUCAUAAAAAUGGCUGUCAGGAAGGAGGAAUGGGAAAGGUAUGCAUGUGAUUUCUUAAUUUUAAUGCACCUUGUACAGUCUGUUGUAACAGAGGUAGUUCCUGCCGUUUCACAGAGUUUAAACAUCCACCGUCUUCUAAAUCCCCCGAGGAAAGCAUUCGAUCAAUGCUGAUCAUAGGAAAGGCGUAAUGUGCGUGUGCGCUGCGCAUGUGCCUUAGGUUCCCCCUCAGCAUGGCGUCUGAGUAGGUUGUGACGGAGCCAGCCCCGAGGGACCUCGCCGAUGGGAUAAGGUGAGCGUUUAAAGGGUUAUUUAAUCCUUUGAGUGCCAGGGCGACGCGGGUGUAGAGAGAGGGACACUAUAGUAUUCCUAACGCUAUAGUGUCCCUUUAAGUCUUUGUAAUAGGAUAGUUGAUUUGAUGUAAACACGGCAUGCAAAUAAAACCUAACAUGCAUGCUUUCCCUCCGUGUAUGUGGUUAAAACAUUAGCAAAUCUAUAGGUGGAUGUAGCACAUUUAAUUUGGGUGUGCACUUAUCAGGUCUUUUUUUCAUUAAAAAAAAAAAGAAAUUAGAUAAGGUGAAUAUUCUUUUUUUGAAAUGCUUAAAGCAACAGCAGCCACUAAAUAGCCAACAUCAGCUCAUUUAAAGGCACCAUCUUGUCCUCAUGGGUUAAACCAUUUUGCAACAGUUUAACCAUGAACUUGGGGCUCAUAAUCUAAAAAAUAUUUGGCCAGUGAAAGAUUGAGAGCUUUAGCAGUGAUAGCGAGGGGCACUUAAAGUUUAUAAAUAUAUAUAUAUAUAUGACUGAUAUACAAUGCACAUUACUGUCAGGGUUAUUUAGUAAACUCCAAAUUGCAGCACGUUGACAUUGAAUUGACAGUUUAAAGGGAUUACAUAGUGCUAGGAAUACAAUCCUGUAUUCCUAGCACUAUACUUCUCUCUGCUGAACUGGUCUCGGUGCCUAUAGUGUCCCUUUAGGGCAAAAAUAGCUGACCUUCUCUUCUAUAGAGUGGCCAAGCAGCAUGGAUUGAUUGCAAUAUGACUGAUUGGCAGCGGGAGCUGUGAAGAGUGACUGGGGAGAGAACAUAAAGUUGUAUCUCCGCCAUCUGUCACAGCUUCGGCUGCAGACCUGCUGCAGUAAGAGGGAGCAGGGACAGUCAGAUAGAGAUUUUAAACUCCAUGCAGGCCUGUGCGCUAAGUUUGCUGGCAUUAGGGCGUCACUGGGCACACCCCAUGUGCAUGUCAAUGAACAUAAUGGGAUUGUCUAGGAAAGUGUAAUAGUACAAAAUAUCACAGUAUAUGGAAAAACUGAUCCAAAAGGAUCUAGACAAUUGUCAUAACAUUAGGAUACUCGGUAGCAUACCCAACAGAGAACCUACAAUUUCCUCCAUACAUAUCCUAAGACUUGUAUUAGCAAAUUAAAUAAACUGAAUACUUAAGUCACAAAUCAGGCCAAUCAUCACUCCAUAAAUAGUAGUCAAAUAUUUUUUUAAAGAGAAACAAAAGUGCUAAAUCCUAUUAAAGUAAUACUCCAAGCAUCAAAACUACUACAGUGGCAACAGUCCCUUGCGCCCCCCUAUUUUAUGUAGCCAUUGUAAGUAAGCUGUGGUUAGUUCUAAGAGACUCCUAACCAAGUCUGGCACUAUAUGAGAGCCUCCAGCUAGAGAGAAGGGAGAGAGCGGCACCUGGCCAAUCCCAGGUAAGUAGUCAAUCCAUGAAUUGACCACCUUUAAUGAAUUCUCUAGACAAACAGGGAAGAAUUCAAACCGGUGUAAAAUUGAUUGACUUCUUAUGGUGGUGUAGUGGUUAUUAUGGUUGGAGUGUCCCUGUAAUAAAGCAAGCAUUAGAAUAUAUAUAUCAUUUUUCAUUAUACACAGCUCCAAAACAGCCUCUAUUAAAUUGUAUGAGGAAUUCCUAGAAAGCUAGGGUUGUCCACUACUCCCUUGCAUUGUCAUUUUUGAGUACAGUAAGUUUAUGAUGACAGUGUUGAAAUACCAUCAGUUUUGUACUUAUUGUCUGACAUGACAUCUAGCUUUAUUACCUGCAUGUUUGUGUUUUUUAUUGGUGGAUAUAUAUGUAUUUGUAUUUGUUCUGUCUCUUUAGGGCUGCUGUAUCAUCGUUAGAUUCCACUAUGGAAGCAACGCCAGAUGACAUGAAUUCAGUGGAUGCCACGUCAUUAAGGAGACAGGUAGGUGGAUCAUUGUAACUUUAACUCUAACCAAAUACCUUCUCACACCCGGUAGUCUCUUCUAUUGAAGAGUGAGUCUAAAUUUGUUUUUGAGAAGUGCAUUUUUUGCUAGUGCUUUAGUAUUUCUAUUAUUUACUUUUAAUAAAACCAUUAUUUUGGGGGGCAAUAGACUAAUCUAAAAAUAUCUUAUCAUGGUUUGCCCAGAGUAAUGGUUUUUAACGAAAAUGCUGUUGCCCACCAUGAACAAAGUGUUCAAAAUUGUUAAAGCAAAACAAAAAUGAAUAAUAAUUGACGUUACAUAGUUGUCUAGGUUGAGAAAAAUCCUAAAGUCCAUCAAGUUCACUUGUGAAGUUAAUACAAGUAGCUGCAUUCUAUGCGUGUUUCAUGGUCACAGACAGACUAAAGCACAAGAUUUUCUCAUGCAGACAUAGAAAAUAUCACUUCCAGAGACACUAAGGAAAGGAAGCCUCAAUCAGUGUGUAUUUGAAAAAGUAAACCAAUAACAAGUGCUGAAAACAAAAUCAACUGCUUAUAGAAAUAUAUCACAAGUGUCCUGGCCAGUCUAAUUAUCUAUUCUAUUUUCUUUCUGGGGUAGAAUUCUUCCUAUAGUCACGUAAAACAUAUGGAAUUGAUCGGUUGAAGUAUAGUCAUAGCAGCAAUAAGUAGAUUUUUAAAAAAUGAUUAUUUUAGAGAUAUUUUUCAUGGAAAAUUGACUUAAAUAUAACAAUCUACAAACAUGUAUUAUCUGUGCCCUUCCCUAGAUAAUCAAACUCAACAGGCGCCUUCUACUUCUGGAAGAAGAGAACAAAGAGCGAGUGAAACGCGAGAUGAUAAUGUACUCCAUCACGGUGGCCUUCUGGCUUCUCAACAGCUGGUUUUGGUUUAGACGCUAAACACUUCCUGUUUCCUUUUACUUGGGAUUGUACAGUGGGAUGCACACGGACCAAGUAUACCUUAUUACACCUCCAUCUUGGAGUGACGGGGGGUGGACAUUUUGGGUACAGCACAGAACAUCAUCCAGCUUCAAAACAAAAGGGGAACAGUAAGCAGAUGCUGAUUCCCAGCGACAGCAUUCCUUCUUAUUCCUACUUAUUCAUGGCCUUAUGGGUGUGCCUUACAUGCAUGGCAUGCCCUUCUGGCUUUGAAAGGCUUUGAUACACUGUUUUGUUCUAUUCUUCACGCCCAGUAAAAACCUUCCAUUGGAACUCUAUUUAUAUUUCGGUAUAGCGGCGAAACCUUGUUCUUCUUGUCUAGAAGUCUUGUAGAAGGAGGGUAUCUGCUCUGUUUGGUCCAGCACGUAAAAGGGGGUAAGCUGCGGGUGAAAGUAAGGGUGCCAAGCAUAGCGAAAGAGAUAAAAUGCACAAAUUAGAAACUGCUGCAUUAAAUAGUGUACAGUUCUUUAAGAUAAAAAAAGUAAACUUGUUUACAUGCAGUAAGCAAGAAAUAACUAGUUGUUAGAAUAUACAAAUAUAAAUGGCUGAUGAUUUGACCAGUCUAUUAAAGUAAGUAGUUGGCAUCUAUUGGAUUGAUUUAAUUGCUUUUACAGUAUCAACUAGAUUAUUUAUGGCAAACCUUGGCACUGCAGAUCUUUCAGAACUACAGUUCCCAUUGAGCCUUAGCCAUUCCUAAGGGGAAAUGUAAUUCCACAAUGGUGCAAAAGGUAGCCAUCACUGACCUAGGUACUAUACAUUUAUUUUUUGCCUUCAUUUUUACAUGUUUGACUUUUUUGGGGAGCGGGGGCUACAUUUAAGGAAAAUAAAUCACAGUUCUUCUCCAAAAGCCCUAUAGUUGUGCAUUCAAUAUAUAUCUACUGUAACACUCCCUCUCCAUUAUCCAUCUUGCAUGCUCUUAAAAAUGUAAAUAGAGGAUAUGAUCAUACCACCUCACUGGUCUUUCUGUGUCAGGUAUGCAGCUGGGAUUGCAUAGGACUUCAAGUGAAUAAAAUGUAUUUUAACAAAUACAUGUAGAGCCUAUUAAAAGGAUGUGUGCAACAUAUGAAUAUAAAAUAAAAAUAAAACAUUUAUGUGUGUGAUUUACUAGUAUAGGAAUGUAGGACUGCUAUGGAUCUUAGAUUUGGGUUUGUAUGGGAACCUUGUAUUGAAUAUUUAUUAAAUUUGUUAAAAUCAACAGAUUUUAGUUCUCCGAUGACUUUUAGUGGCUUUAUAUCGAUGAUUCAAUUGGUCAUUUCUUAUUUCACUAGGAAGAACAAUAAUUGCCAACACAACUUACACUCCUUAUACCUGAGUCUGGGUUGCAAUUAAUUUCAAGAAAUGUGUGUUGUUUGUUUUUUUUUUUUUUUUGUUAUAUUCAUUUUAUAACUUUAUCUUCUUUUUUUGGACUGUGUGCUUUUUUUUCACCUCUGUGACCUGCCUUUUUUCUUUUUUUAAUGUUUUGGUUGUGAACAAUCAAAAUAAAAUACAUGUACUUACGAGUAAGGGAAAUAAAAGCACCAAAGUGUUAUUUGUGUUAA